UGAAGGAGCAUUCCAUCAUGUGAGCUCCUACCUACAUUCUGAAGUAGUACCGUUUAGACACAAUUUUACUCCCUUGGUGAGAACUAGGCCAGGCAGCUUUAUUUGACUAGCAAGCUCAUAGCUUCAAAGACAAUAGAGACUUCAACAAAGAACAACCAAUACCACAAGUUAUUCUUAAUUGGGGGAAAACGAGAAGUUCCAGUAGCUCAGUUUAAAUACUAGCAUUUGAGGAAGUAGGUAGUGGUGGCAGCUGUUUCAUGUGCUAUUGAUUUUGCAAGUUUCUUCUUGACUUGAAGGGGAAAGAAAGUACUCCAUAUCAUUCAUCUUAGUGAACUAUUUUGCUUUGUACAGGAGUCGACACCAACUUGACGGCACAACUUUACAUUUAUUCUCUUUUUGCUACUGGAUCUGAAGCUGUGAGGUGUCUUUGUUGUUAUCUCCAUCUAACAUUGUUCUCCCCAGGAAUAAGACACUUUUCUGCCUUAAAGCAACCCAUAGAAUGUUUAGCAGGUGGCUUUUAAUUGAAAAAAACUGUUUGAUUUUCUACACGAUGAAGGAAGAGAAGAGAUACGUGUGCCUACCUUUGGGCAUCAGGGCAAUUCAUCCUUGGAGCACAAGUAGAUUGCUUUUCUUCAUACUCUCCCUGUUUCCAAAGAUGAUGUCAGCCAUACAGUUUCCUAAAACCUUGCCCUGUGAUGUGCAUAAUGUCUCAGGUACUUAUAUAACAGUGGAUUGCACUGACCGUCGUCUCACAAAAUUCCCAGAAGGAAUUCCUAGCAGUGUUACCAACCUGACACUUUCCAUUAAUCACAUCCCAGGGAUUGACCAGAUUUUCUUUGAGCAUCUUGAGAACCUUCUGGAGAUUGAUUUCAGGUGCAAUUGUGUACCUGCCAUGUUGGGGCCUAAGGAUCAUGUGUGCAACAGGAGUCUGCAGAUCAAAACAGACAGUUUUGCCAAACUCACCAAGUUGGAAUCAUUGUAUUUGGAUGGAAAUCAGCUUUCAGAGGUUCCACGGGGUCUACCUCCUAAGUUACGUCUUCUAAGUCUUGAAGCAAACAACAUUUCUUCUGUCAAGAAAGAUAAUUUUUCAGAACUUAAGAACCUAGAACAUCUUUUCCUAGGGCAGAACUGCUAUUAUCGCAACCCCUGCAAUCACUCCUUUAAAAUUGAGGGAGCAGCCUUCCAGAACUUAAGGAACUUAACAGUGUUGUCCUUGAAAGCUAAUAACUUAUCAGAAGUCCCACAGAAUCUGCCAUCCAGUUUAAAGGAACUGUAUCUUUAUAACAACUUGAUUCAAAAUGUCAGUGAACAUGAUUUAAGCAACCUUCAUAAUUUGGAAAUUCUUGACUUAAGUGGCAACUGCCCUCGCUGUCACAAUACUCCAUAUACUUGUACAGAAUGCCCCAACAAAAGGAUUACAAUCCACCCUAAGGCCUUUGAUUCCUUGAAGCAAUUAAAAACUCUGCGGCUACACAGCACCUCCCUUGACUCAGUGGAUCCUAACUGGUUUAAGAAUACGGUGUAUCUUGAAGUGCUUGAUCUUUCACAAAAUUAUUUAGCUAAGGAAAUUGAGCAUGCUCAAUUUCUAAAGUUCCUUCCCAACCUUGUGGAGCUGGACUGGUCUUUCAAUUUUGCACUGCGUGAAUAUCCUUCAUAUAUGAGUCUAUCGGAUACAUUUUCUUAUCUUGUUAAUCUGGAAAUUUUAAGGAUCAGAGGCUAUGUUUUCCAGGACCUGGAAAAGCACACUCUACAUAAGUUAAUUCCUCUUAAAAAGCUUCGUUUGCUUGACUUUGGAACUAAUUUUAUCAGGAAUGUGGACUUGAGUAUGUUUAAAAAAUUCCAUGCUCUGAAAACCAUAAACCUUUCCUUCAAUAAAAUAUCCCCUCUUUCAAAUGAAUCCAGUAAUAUAUUUUACUCUGUUCCCAGGUCUUCAGGAACAGACUCAGUACUGGAUCAAAGUAACAGCAUUAUGUUGCAAGAUAUGACUUAUUUCAGAUACGAUGAAUAUGGACGAAGUUGCAAAUCUAAAGAAGUAGAGGCUGCUCGUUCCUUGCCUUUUGCCACUGAGCCUUGUAGCAAAUACGGUAAAAUGCUAGAUUUAAGCAGAAACAACAUGUUUUUUAUCAACCCCACUGAUUUCAAGCAACUCAGUUUUCUUAAGUGCAUUAAUUUGUCAGGAAAUGCUAUGAGCCAAACUUUAAAUGGAACUGAAUUCCACUCUUUGCCUAACUUAAAAUACCUGGAUUUUUCAAAAAAUCGUCUUGAUUUACUAUAUCCAACUGCCUUUAAAGAGCUGAAAAAAUUGGAAGUUCUAGACCUUAGUGAUAACAGCUAUUAUUUCCAGGCUGAAGGGAUCACUCACAUGUUGGGUUUUACCAGAAAUUUGCAUUCUUUGAAGACAUUGAUCAUGAACGGGAAUGAGAUUUCUAUGUCCACUGAUAAAGGAAUGGCAAGUACAUCACUCCAAACAUUGGAAUUUAAAAAGAAUCACUUAGAUGUGCUAUGGAAAGAUGGAAAUACUGAAUACUAUUCAUUCUUCAAGAACCUAAGCAGCCUAAAGCACCUUGACAUUUCUGACAAUUCUCUGACUUUUUUACCUCCUGGUGUGUUUGAUGGCCUGCCUGAAACCCUUAAGGAGCUCAGGCUGGCCGACAACAAACUGAAGUCUUUUAACUGGGGGAAACUUCAGGUUCUGGUGCAUUUGGAGGUCUUGGAUCUUAGAAAUAACCAGCUGAGUACAGUCCCCCGUGAGUUGUCAAACUGCUCUAGGACACUUCGAAACCUCACACUGCAAAACAACAGAAUCAAAAAGCUGACAGAUCAUUUUCUUCAAAAUGCUUCUAAUCUAAAAUAUUUAGAUCUCAGUUUUAAUAAGAUCAAAACGCUUAAGAAUUCUAGCUUUCCAAAGGACAUUCUCAACAAUCUGACAACAUUGCUUUUACAUGGCAAUCCUUUUAAAUGUAAUUGUGAUAUGGUGUGGUUUGUCUGGUGGGUCAACCAGACUAAUGUGACUAUUCCUUUCCUGGCAACAGACGUAACUUGUGUGGGUCCAGGUGCCUGGAGAGGUAAAAGCGUGGUCUUGUUGGAUUUGGACACCUGUGAGCUGGACUUAUCCCAGAUCCUAUACUUAUUGUCAGUCUCAGUAAUUCUGUUUCUAAUGAUUACUACAGUUACAAGCUACCUGUAUUUCUGGGAUGUGUGGUAUAUCUACCACUUCUUCACUGCCAAGUUAAAAGGGUAUAAACCCCUAUUUUCAUCUGAAGUUGUGUAUGAUGCUUUUGUUGCCUAUGAUAAGAAAGAUCCAGCAGUCGCUGAAUGGGUCCAGGAAGAAUUAAUCGAAAAACUGGAAGAUGAGAAAGAGAAACCAUUCAAUUUAUGUUUGGAGGAAAGAGACUGGAUACCAGGACAGCCAGUUUUGGAUAACCUUUCUGAGAGUAUACAAGGGAGCAGAAAAACUAUAUUUGUGCUGACAAAUAGGUACAUCGCAAGUGGCAACUUUAUGACAGCCUUUUAUAUGGCACACCAGCGUCUUAUGGAGGAAAAAAUAGAUGUAAUCAUACUUAUAUUUCUUGAAAAGGUUCUGCAAAAAUCAAGGUAUCUCCGCCUCCGGAAGAGACUGUGCAGUAACUCUGUCCUCGAAUGGCCAACUAACCCACAGGCUCAGUGUUAUUUCUGGCAGUGUCUGAAAAAUACACUCACAACCAACAAUAACAUGAGCUAUAACAAGUUUUUUAAAGAAAAAGUAUAGCUUGGUCACAUUCUAGGAAAAUGUUUGUAGGUAAAGUAUACUGAGGGAAUCUUCAUGCAAGACAUUUUAAAGCACUGGAAAUAGAACUGGACAGUAGCAGCUCUUAAGCCAUUAAGCACCUUUUUUCCUGUUGUGUAAGACUCUGAGCUUGAGGCAAGGGCUGCAAAAGAAGUCCAAUUUGUCAUGAGACAGUAUAUAAGAAGUAUCUGGAAUAAGCAGGGGUUUUUGAGCCCGCAAAAAGACCAGAUGGUAAAGAGAAAUGGAGGGGAAAGGUUGCAAGUAUAAACUUCUGUAGCCACAAUUAACAGUGGCUUGUGUCUAUCUGUCUCCUGUUUUCCCCCUUCCAUACCCCAUUUGGAAGGAGAAGCGAAACAAGAGAAGCCAUCAUAACCUUGGACCUCACUGGUAGCAUCAUCCCCAGCUGAAGAAACCAAGAGAUGUUUUGCACUAGUUGAACAUCUAGUAAUGCUGUUAACAAAGAUAAAAUAAAAUAAAUCAACCCUU